UCGAGAGCCGACUUCCUAAGCCGUCACAGGAUAGACGCGGGAGAAUGGAAUCUGAACAAACAGGUCUUCAGACAGGUCUGCCAGCUAUGGGGUUAUCCAGAAAUAGACCUCUUCGCAUCCAGGGGGAAUUCUCAACUGGACUGUUUUUACUCACUAAACCCCAGCGAAAACCCAGUGGCAGUAGACGCCUUAGCCCAGAAUUGGGACAUGAAACUGGCCUACGCUUUUCCUCCUUUUCCCCUAAUCCCGGCAGUCCUAAAGAAGAUGAGGACCAGUACCACCACUCUGAUCCUGGUCGCACCAGACUGGUCCAAGAGAGCUUGGUAUCCCAUCUUGAGGGAAAUGUCGAUCAAAGACCCGUACCCCCUUCCAGACAGGAAAGAUCUGUUAACGCAGGGACCUCUGGAGCAUCCCAAUCUCAACAAGCUGAGACUGACUGCUUGGAUCCUGAGAGGCAAACCCUGAGGAAGAAGGGUCUCUCCAAUCAGGAGGAGCGGUUCCACUGUCUUGAUGUAAGAAGAACGGUCCUCGCCUACAUCAAGCGGACAAAAUCCUGGAGAAAGUCAGCGAACCUCCUCAUCCAAUUCGGUGGUAGGAACAAGGGGAGCAAAGCCUCUAAAACCUCUUUAGCCCGCUGGAUCAAGGAGACCAUCAGGGAAUGUUAUAGACUGCAGAGUUCAUCCUGCCCCAUAACGUUGAGGGCUCAUUCCACCAGAGCCAUGUCCGCAACCUGGGCGGAGAAGGCUGGAGCUUCCAUCGACCAGAUCUGCAGAGCGGCAACCUGGUCCUCCUCCACUACCUUCGUCAGACACUACAGACUGGACUCUAUGGCCAAUCAGGACUUGGCUUUUGGCCGUAAGGUCCUACAAGCAGUGGUCCCCCCCUAAAUGGCGUUCUAAGUUGUUAGUUCUCCAUGGGUGCUGUCAUGGAGGACGUCCUGGAAACAUAUGUUUAGUUUACCGGUAAACUGCUUUCCAGGAGUCCGGAAUGACAGCACCCAAUACUACCCCCCCAUUUUCUGUUCCCUCCGGGACACUUUUUUGGUUUGUAUAUUUGUACUGCUACUGUAUACAGUGUGAAGUAACACUUGUUCUUGAAAUAAAGAUGUGGCAGCCUAUCCGGUGUAGUAAGUUAUAAACACUGGAGCAAGGGGGUGGGGAGGGGUCCUUUAAACUGUCUCUCUUCCUGUCCCAACAGA